ACUACAUGACGUCAUACUGGGAAGAGAAAUGGCUGAAGCUGCUGUAAACACUCUGCCAGUUUCCAAGUUUUAUUGCCAUUCGUGCUCUGAAGAAAUAAACCCCAAGUUACCAGAUUAUACAUGUCCUAAAUGUGAGAAUGGAUUCAUUGAAGAAAUAACAGAAUCAGAAGAGUCACCAAAUAGUAGUUCUCCACAAGAAAUAAUUGAUCCAGCAUCAAACUUUGCAGAGAUAUGGGGCAGAGCCUUCCUUGAAAACUUCCAACAACAAGUUUCAGGUGUAAGUCAAGAUCGUCCACAGAGGUCUGAAGACAGGACAGAAUCUGAUUCUGAGGACGCAGACACGGAUCAUCCAUUUGUAGUGAGACGGAAUGGUCCUGUUCCUUUCACCAGAAUACAACUUAGAACAAGAAAUAAUCAACAAUCACAGAAUCCUAGACAAGUUCCGUAUCUUCAAGGGUUGUUACAAAUGUUUAUAGACAGAUUAUCAGAUGCCCAUGGUCCAGCAUUAAAUUUUAUACCCAUGAUGCAUGGUAAUCCAGGAGAUUAUGCCUGGGGUGUCCAUGGACUAGACAAUAUUGUUACACAGUUAUUGAAUCAAUUAGAAGGUUCUGGUCCAGCUCCCGCUGAGAAAAGUAAAAUAGAUUCAUUACCUUCAAUUAAAAUAACACCAAAGUUAGUAGAUAAAGGUGCACAUUGUGCUAUAUGUUUUGAAGAUUUUAGUUUAGAUGAAGAAGUAAAACGGUUACCCUGUGAUCACUAUUAUCAUAAUGACUGUAUAGUAAAAUGGUUAGAAAUGCAUGGAACUUGUCCAGUGUGUAGAAAAGAUUUAAAUGGGGUAGAUUCUUCAUUACAGGACAAUUAUCCAAAUCCAGUAGAUAUUUUUGACAGUAAUUUAGCAACAUCACAAAAUAAUAACACAGAAGAAGACGAUGAUUCGUGAAUUGUGUGAUUUUAUAUGCAAAGAGUUCUAUUUUAUAUGAAAACAAGUUCUUGUAAUGAAUUUAUACAGAGUAUAUGUGAUAUCAUUUUUAGCCGUUGCAUAUCGAGCCAACAAAAGUCAUUUCUUAAACAUGCAUUGCAGUUUAUAGUGUAUGGUGAUAUUGAGUUGUUAAUCAGUGUUUUAUGUAAGAAUCUGUCAUCUGAUGCAUAUUUGAAGAGGGUAAGGAAAAUAAGUGCUGUGAGCAGCAUAAUAUCAGUUUGAUUUUUUACCAAAUUUUAAAUACUUAUGUUUUGAAAAAAAUAGCACAUUAAUGUCAACCUAUUUCUGAAAUGAAACAAUGAACAGAACUUCAUGUUAAAGUUUUCUGCUACAUAGACAGAUAGAGUAUCAUAAUAAGAAAUGAUAUUUUGUAAAUUACAAGUUCAAACUUGCCAGGGACUCAAAUCACUCUGAUUUUUUUAUACGACCGCAAAUUUUGAAAAAAAUUUCGUCGUAUAUUGCUAUCACGUUGGCGUCGUCGUCGUCGUCGUCGUCCGAAUACUUUUAGUUUUCGCACUCUAACUUUAGUAAAAGUGAAUAGAAAUCUAUGAAAUUUAAACACAAGGUUUAUGACCACAAAAGGAAGGUUGGUAUUGAUUUUGGGAGUUUUGGUCCCAACAUUUUAGGAAUUAUGGGCCAAAAAGGGCCCAAAUAAGCAUUUUCUUGGUUUUCACGCUAUAACUUUAGUUUAAGUGUAUAGAAAUCUAUGAAAUUUUAACAAAAGGUUUAUGACCACAAAAGAAAGGUUGGGAUUGAUUUUGGGAGUUUUGGUUUCAACAGUUUAGGAAUUAGGGGCCAAAAAAGGGCCCAAAUAAGCAUUAUUCUUGGUUUUCGCACAAUAACUUUAGUUUAAGUUUAUAGAAAUCAAUGAAAUUUAUACACAAUGUUUAUGACCACAAAAGGAAGGUUGAUAUUGAUUUUGGGAGUUUAGGUCCCAACAGUUUAGGAAUUAGGGGCCAAAAAGGGACCCAAAUAAGCAUUUUUCUUGGUUUUCGCACCAUAACUUUAGUACAAGUAAAUAGAAAUCUAUGAAAUUUAAACACAAGUUUUAUGACCAUAAAAGGAAGGUUGGUAAUGAUUUUUGGAGUUUUGGUCCUAACAGUUUAGGAAAAAGGGGCCCAAAGGGUCCAAAAUUAAACUUUGUUUGAUUUCAUCAAGAAUUGAAUAAUUGGGGUUCUUUGAUAUGUGGAAUCUAACUGUGUAUGUAAAUUCUUAAUUUUUGGUCCAUUUUCAAAUUGGUCUACAUUAAGGUCCAAAGGGUCCAAAAUUAAACUUAGUUUGAUUUUGACAAAAAAUGAAUCGGUUGGGUUCUUUGAUAUGCUGAAUCUAAAAAUGUAUUUAGAUUCUUGAUUAUUGUCCCAGUUUUCAAGUUGGUCCAAAUCGGGGUCCAAAAUUAAACUUUGUUUGAUUUCAUUAAAAAUUGAAUAAAUGGGGUUCUUUGAUAUGCCAAAUCUAACUGUGUAUGUAGAUUCUUCAUUUUUGGUCCAUUUUCAAAUUGGUCUACAUUAAGGUCCAAAGGGUCCAAAAUUAAACUUAGUUUGAUUUUGACAAAAAAUUAGUCGGUUGGGUUCUUUGAUAUGCUGAAUCUAAAAAUGUAUUUAGAUUCUUGAUUAUUGGCCCAGUUUUCAAGUUGGUCCAAAUCGGGGUCCAAAAUUAAACUUUGUUUGAUUUCAUUAAAAAUUGAAUAAAUGGGGUUCUUUGAUAUGCCAAAUCUAACUGUGUAUGUAGAUUCUUCAUUUUUGGUCCUGUUUUCAAAUUGGUCUACAUUAAAGUCCAAAGGGUCCAAAAUUAAACUUAGUUUGAUUUUAACAAAAAUUGAAAUCUUGGGGUUCUUUGAUAUGCUGAAUCCAAACAUGUACUUAGAUUUUUGAUUAUGGGCCCAGUUUUCAAGUUGGUCCAAAUCAGGAUCUAAAAUAUUAUAUUAAGUAUUGUGCAAUAGCAAGUCUUUUCAAUUGCACAGUAUUGCACAAUGGCAAGACAUAUCUAAUUGCACAAUAUUGUGAAAUAGCAAUAUUUUUUUUUAAUAAGAGUUAUCUUUCUUUGUCCAGAAUAGUAAGCAAGAAAUAUCUAAUUGCACAAUAUUGUGAAAUAGCAAUAUAUUUUUUUAAUUGGAGUUAUCUUUCUUUGUCCAGAAUCAACUCAAAUCUUUGUUAUAUACAAUGUAUAUUCACUUUUUACUACCAACUGAUAAAUUAAAAUAAUCUUUACCAUUCAGUGAUAACAAGCAGUUUUUUUUCAUCUUAAUAUUUUAUGAUGUAUUUAAAUGAGUAGUUAUUGUUGCAAACUCCAUUAGAAAUUUAAUUGAGAUUAAUUUGGAAUAAGGGAAAGGGGGAUGUAAUAAAAAAAAAUGGGUUCAAUUUUCUCAUUUGAAAUGAAAUUUCAUAAAUAAAAUGAAAAUUUCUUCAAACAUUUUUUUGAGAGGAUUAAAGUCAUAAGAAACCUCAAAUCAAAAAAAAAUAAUGUAUAUGUUUUUUAUAACUCAAUCGAUAGUUUUCAUUGUAAAACUUAUGUACAUAUACUUUUUUCUGAAGAAAAUUCUUUAAUUUAUUCAUAUUUAGAAGAAGUUUACUUUAUUUGAAUUGCUUCCUUCCAGCAAGCAAUUCCCCCGAUAUAUUUUCCGUAUGCAAGGUGACCUCAGUGUGACCCAUCUCGUAAAAAUCCGAUUACCACAAUACGCAUGGAUGUCCUUAAAAUAAACUAUUAUCUGAAUUUACAUGUUAAACACGUGCUCAAUUUCCAUGCUUUUUUGUUUAUUUUUCGUCAAUUGUUGACAAACAGGUGACAAUCGUUAAACUUCGGCUUCAAAACACGAACUUUAAUUACCUGCCAUAUUUUCACAACAACACUGACAGAUUGAAAAAAAAUUGACGAUUAUACGAAGUUUACACGAAAAAAAUGAUAAAUUCGAGCACAGAAGACUAAGUUUAUGAUGUUUGUAUGCAUUGGUUUAAGAAUUGGAAGAACAUUAUUUUUUACCGGUCACUCGUUUCUUAUGACUUUAAUAUUCAACAGCAUAGUGAAUUGCUCUAAGAGAAAACAAAAAUUUUAAGUUCAUUAGAACACAUUCAUUCUGUGUCAGAAACCUAUGCUGUGUCAACUAUUUAAUCACAAUCCAAAUUUAGAGCUGAAUCCAGCUUGAAUGUUGUGUCCAUACUUGCCCCAACCGUUCAGGGUUCAACCUCUGCGGUCGUAUAAAGCUACGCCCUGCGGAGCAUCUGGUUAUGGUUGUGUUAUGGUAUGCAUGUGUAUGACUGUUACUCCUUGUUGACAUCUAGAUUUUUUGCGAGUUUUUCUUUACAACUUUUGUCAAAGUUCAAUCUUUUUAUAAGUUUUAUUGAUUUUCUUUUGCAUGGUAUAAAAACUCAAAUCUGAUUCAGCUACUGUACAGAGUUUUGUUAGCACUAUUCUAUGACAUAUAGAACUUGAUGUUUCAUCCAAAAAGGAGUUAAAGUAUUUCAUUGGCUCCUUUAUGUAUUUACUGUGAAACUAAGAAAAUAGAUUUUUUUGUAACCUUUAGGAAAGCAGACUUAUGCUUAGGGUCAUAAUUCUUAAUAUUCACUGGUACCUUUGUCUCAAUCAUUUUCAUAAAUAUAUUCUAAGCUUCAAAGAAAGGCAAUUUAUUUUAAAAUUUUCGCAUAAAUGCUUAAAAAGGCAUUUAUGGGUUACAAACACAUGACUGAUUAAAGAUUUAUCUUCAAUGUUUCAAGUGUUUCCCUUUAAAAAGAAUUCUAUCAAGAAGCUCUUAUUUUUUUACAGGGUGACAUUAUGCUGUGCAGUGAAUAGCCCUUUAUUCUAGAAUCACACAGGUUUUUUAAUGAAAUCACUUUCUUUGAAAAUGUUUUUUAAUUAUUUUUUAUAGAGUUUGAUAUUCUGUUUGGAUUGAUAUACAUAUGGACUUGAUAAUAUCUGACCAAAAGAGGUACAGAUGGAUGAAGGUUUUAAAGAUAAGAAUAACAUGUCUUAGUAAAUGAAUUCAAGUAUUUUAUCUUGCCUUGGAUUACAUGUUAAAUUAUUGCUAUUUUAACAUGUUUAAUUUCAACAUUUGCAUUAACAAAAUUACAAAAAGGCCAGACAUAUCUCUGUGAUAACAGAUAUGUAGAAUUUUAGAUAUAAUAAUAUAUUAAUAAAAUUGGAAUUAGUCUUUCAAAGCUAUGAAUAUAUUUGACUCUGAACAGUGUAUUGUAAGCUUAAAAUGACUGUUUAGGAAUGUUUAUUACAUUACUUUUGUCUAAUAUUGUAAAAACAAUAGCUUAUUGAGAAAAACCACUGUGUCAAAUGCAGCUUAUGACAGCAAUGUGAUUUAAAAGCCCUCAUAAAAAGACAAUAGUAUUUAGUUUCAAAUAGAUUUAUAUUAGCCAUGCUGAUGGUUUCUGAUUGGCUGAACCUUCGUUGCUGACUGACUUAUUUAAAUGGUGUAAUUGUUUU